GGACAUGUACACUCCUCAGGGAGGGAAGCUAGCACACAGUGUGGGAGAGGAUGCUAAACAAGAGUCAUCCUUGCUGUUUCACAGCCCAGAGCGGAAGGAAAGAGAGAGAGAGGGGAACAGCAAGUCAGUGCUAUGUAUAGCACUGGAACCACUGGAGCUUCAUCCCAUUGGGCUCAACCACAGCCAAACAGCCUCCCAUUAUGCCACCCCCCUUCAGACCACACCACCACGCUUCAGGAGCACAGUAACCAGGAGAAGAGAGGGAGGCAGUGAAGGAAGCGCAUUGCGAGGACUUAACAGAGACGAUUCUCAGCCACAAAAACUCCCAGCAAGUCAAAAUGACCCUAACGGAACAGCUGGAUACCAGCAAGUGAUCCAGACACACCUUGAAGAGAACGGACCUUUGAAACCCUUGCUGAGAUCUGAUUCGGAAAUGAACGGCAAGGCGGGUGGCAGGGGGCCCGUGAACAAAGUCAGUGAAGCAAACAGCAAUGCCAACAAUCUCAGCAUUGUUUCUGAGAUGCCCCCAGACUCCCAGAACUGCACACGGGGCAUGCGCACACCCACACCCAAGCGAGCCGCCAUGUUUGGGAAGCGCUCCAACUCCAUGCGACGCAACCCCAAUGCUGAGGUAGCCCGGCAGGGUUGGCUUCACAAGCAGGCAAGCAGUGGUAUGAAACAGUGGAACAAGCGCUGGUUCGUGCUGACAGAUCGAUGUCUUUUCUACUAUAAAGACGAGAAGGAAGAAGUAGUGUUGGGCAGCCUUCCUCUUCUCAGCUUCAAGAUUGGAGCACUCCAGGCAUCGGAUAACAUCAGCCGCAAGUUUGCGUUGAAGGUGUGGUGCGAAAGCAACGAAGAGGAGGAGGAGGAGGAAGAGGAAAGUGAGGAUUUAAAGGGUAGUAUUGCGUUCUGUUUGCAGGUUGAGCACACAGGAACUCGUACAUACUACUUCAGUGCAGACAGCCAGAAAGAGCAGGAGGAGUGGAUCCAAGCCAUGAGUGAGGCUGCCAGGGUCCACAUCCCAGCUACAUCCAGAAAUAAAUCUGAUCCCAUCCCUGCAGCAGAUGAAAACGACAUGGUAGCCAAACGUCUUGAGCCCAGCUCUCAUGCAGAGAACGGCCAGAGGCCAGAUGUCCACGAGCCUGUCAAACACGAGCUUAACGGUGUAGAAACCAGAGACACCACGCCCAGCACCCCAGUGACCCCAGUUACCCCUAAUAUAGGGGGCAAGAUGGGGGAGAAAGGAGUCCUGGCACCCCAUCACCCCAACGGCUGGGGUAGCUAUGGUCCUCCCAACGGUUCAAGAUACCAGUCCCAAGAGAAUGUGAGGGACAUGCGCGAGCCGCAUGAGGAGAAUGUGGUGAUGCGGAGAGGCUUUGUGCCCAGGACGGCACCGGAGAGACUCGCCCAGAGGAAGACCUCCAUGACGCAGCUGCAGCAGUGGGUCAACCAGCGGCGGGCCAUGGUGCCUCAAGACGACGGCCGCAGUCCAUCCAGGUACUACACAGUAAACCGAGCUAUGUCAGCAGACUAUUACGGUGUGUAUAACGGCCCUCCAUAUGUAGAUGACUAUCCCCUCUACCCACCUGGUGUGCGACCUGAGAGCAUCUGCUCCAUGUCGGCUGCAUACAACCGACCGCCUCCUCGCUGGACCAUGGAAGAGAGAAGGCGGUCAUUGCGAGAUGGACCCUUAUAUGGUCAACCUCGAGACCCUCAGUGGAUGAUGGGACCCCAGGGUCCUGCCUAUUACCCCCAGUUGGACUCAGCGCAGAACUCUAUGAGACGGCUUUCUAUACAGCCCCGCUCGCGGUCGGCCCCUCGUUCACCCUCCUCUUCAUCGGGAGGACCCUACUCUCCACACAGCUUCGCCUCACCUGCCCGAUCGCCCAGUGUCAGGUUUGAUCGGGGACCUGGCCGACUCAGAGAGGAGGGAAUAUAUGCGGACCCCUCAGUCUACGGGCUCCGCAGGUCACUGAGCUCACCUAAGUAUGAUUUCCCUGGAGAUAGACGCUCCUACAGCCAAGGAAUGAACCACUACAACUACCCAGCAUCCCCUUCGCUCCAUAGUAAAAUGGAGGACAUUUUAGAUGUGCAGCUUCAGAGGAACCUGGAGUACCUAGAUCAGCAGAUGACAGAUGGUGAUCACCUAAUCGGCAUGGUAACCAGAAUGGUUGAGCGUUCCUCUCCUCGAGCAAAUCUAUUCUCACAAGUGCCUCCAUUCCAUGACGUGUACGGUGAUCUACAUCCCACACUGAAGCUUAAUGAGAUUGAGACCAGUAAACUACUGGGCCGCUUGUGUGAGCAGAAUCGACUUGUGAAAGAGCAGGAGGCUGUAGUUCAUCGUUUGCGAAUGGAAAAGGACAGUCUAGAGGGGGUGCUGGUGGCCACACAUCAGGAGAUGGAGCUGUACAGGAGCCAGCCGCUGGCCAUGGAGAAACUUCAGCUGAAGAAGGAGAGUCUACAAAACAAGCUGAUUAACAUCAGAGGAGAGCUGUCUCAGGCCUCCAGUGCCCUGACCACCACCCGUAUGGAGUUCGAAGCACUAGAGGAUGAAGUAAACAGCAUCCAUGGUGACCUGUGGGAACAGCUGAACGCUGGAGGGCAGAGUGAGCUGGUGCACAGGCACAUUCAGAAGGAGUUCUGGAGGGUUCAGGAUGUUUUGGAGGGGCUGCACAAGAACAACCCGUCUCGUGGCACGGACACGGCCAAGCACAGAGUAGCCAGUGGAGCAUCCGGCUCUUUCAGCACAAACAGUCCUGCGAGUCCCUUGAGUUCAGUGAGUCUGACGAGUCCUCUCAGCCCCUUCUCUCCUGUCCCUGGCUCUCAGGCCUCUCCCACUAAACAGCUGGCCACAGAGGAGGUUGGUCCUCCACGACCUCCACUUCCUAAAUCUUACCAUCCCCUGGAGUCCUCCCAGUCCUUUCCCCCCUCUGUUCCUCCCCUACCCUUAGACAGCAAUGCCUGGCUGCGCAGCAUGGGCCCCCAUUCAGGCAUCCAUCAGGAAGGCUACAAGGACGACGAAGAAUUCCGCAGCAGAAAGCACAACUACAACUCACAAGGAGAAAAGAUCAACGACUUUGAUGCAGAAUCCAACCAGAAUAAAGUUGGAAUUGUUCCACCCAGGACCAAGUUGCCUUCACAAGACAAGAACAAUUCUGAUGGCGUCCAACGAAGAAAUGGGAAGGUGUCCAAUGGUCACAUUUCCAGAGAGAGGCCAAAGAGUGCGGUGUUCCCCGCAGAGGUAAAGUCUAAAAUGAGUGUGGAGGAACAGAAUGAGAGGAUACGAAGAAACCAGAGCAGCUCCGUCAGAGACAAGAGGCGCAGCCUCAACCUCUCAAGCAAUCAGAACAUUGAUGGCUACAAAUCUUCUGCUAACUACAGAGUGGUGCGGAGGAGAGUAACAGCUGAUGAGGUGGAUAUUAAGGAUCUUGAGGCGGCCGUGAGGGGAGAAGGUGUGGAGUCACCCAGGCAGGAAAUUGCUCGUCUGCGACGACAGGUGGAACCGGAACACUAUGACCUGGAUCUCAACAAAGAGUUGUCCAUGCCGGAUAAAGUCCUGAUCCCUGAGCGAUACUUGGACAUUGAGCCCAGUACACCACUCAGCCCAGAAGAGCUGCGGGAGAAACAGAAGAAAGUUGAAAGAAUCAAGACACUGAUUGCCAAAUCAAACCUGCAAAAUGUGGUGCCGGUGUUGGACGGGCCAGUGGAGGGAACCAGUAACCCAGAGCAGCAGCUUCAGGAGCAGGAGAAACGCAUCGAGAUUUCUUGUGCUCUGGCUGCCGAGGCCUCCCGCCAUAGCCGGCUGCUCUCCGCUCAAGCUCUUGCAGCUGUCAAAUUUGACGAUGAACCCUUCUGAGUGUCCAGCAGACAAAAAAAAGACGGGAAAAAAAAACACUGAACACCAAGAACAUAUGUUUUGCCUCUGCCAAACAUUGUAUUUCUUUCGAUUAUUUACACAACACCAUGAAGAGAAAUAUUUCAAAAUGUUUGGAUGUUUGCAGAGGGCUGUUCACGAGCGAGGUUAUCUGCCUCCACAUCUCCUCGCAAUCCUCAUUCGAGUGUGUAACCCACGGCAGAACUACGGAAUUCAAUUUAUCAUCGCUUUUGACUUUGUUUCGGAGGAUGGCAGUUAUAUUACAAAAGCUACAAACUAGCCAGGAAGUGGACGAUGUUUACAGAUUCAUAUCUACUCUCGGUCACAUUACUGACUGGAGUACAUACAGCAGAUUCAUACUACAAAUGCUGGGUACAGCUGCUCAGGGCGGAUUCUGCAGACACAAGCACGUUUUUGACUGGAAAGAGCGUGACGGAGAUCGAGAUGCGACCAGAGGAAAAUAGCCAUGCUUGAGGAAGUUGAAAAAACCAGACCAAGGACUACAGCAAAGUUGUCAAAGCUCAGUUUAUCUGUAAGUCAUCAGAAAGAAAGAUUCGGAACCGCUGGUAUGAUAAUUAGCUGUGUUUAGAACACGAGCCUCAAUCGACCCCUGAGGAUUUACGAACGGAACUCAGUAGGAAUCUGGAACAAUCGUAGACUGUUGAUGAAUCCGUUGUUGUCUUGAUCCAAAGGAUGUUGGCAUUGGGCACUUCCCCUCCAUCAUCUUUAAGGUCAGACUCACUGUGACUCCUCCUGGCCUCCUCUUUUCCCACAAUCCUCUCCAGUUUCACAAUAGGGCUUGAGAACCCUCUUCCCGUCAAUGUUGCAGUCUCUCAAACCAUUGUCAGGCCUUUAAGUACCGUGUGUAUCUAUAAAGAAAGCAUAUAUAUUGAUAUGACUAUUACUCUAAUCUUUGCAUCAAAGCCAUGUGGACUCAUCAUAGUGCUUUUACUGCUAGGACAGUAUCAAAUAUUGGUACCUAAAUACUUCUGAGCGUGUGUGGUAGAUUAAUAAGAAGAGAAAGCCGAACCAUUGGAAGUGUCCUUAGAGUUGUAAGUCUGCUUGUUGAAACAAUGCGUGUUCAUGCGAGGCCAGCAACUUGCAUUACAGCCUGUAUAUACUGAUGGUAAAUUAUGUAACCUGUUGCCCCAACAGAAUAUCAAAGCCCUUAUUUGUGGAUCGUUGUGCCAUUUGGAGAUUCAUUUGGCUGUUUCUUUUCUACUGUGGCACGGUUUUUGUGUAAAUAUAGAUUGACAUGGAAUUAAAUGGAACAAUAUUUUGGAUUAUUUUUCUAUCACUGGUAAUUACCUCUGUAAUCAAGCAGCUUGAUUAUAAUGUAUCGUAAAGUAAAGAACAAUUUGCCAAACCAUAUAAAUCUCCUGUUUUGUACUUUGAGGUGAUUUUUCCCCUAAACCUCUAAAAUGCCAUGCAAGUUGUUAGCCCAUACUGUGCUUUCUGCUUGUCUUUUUUUAACGUGAAAUUAGUCUAACUCUUGACUAAACACUGGCCUCAGCUUGUGUAUGAUCUGUUUUGUUAGAAUUUGUUUGACGGAACUCUCAUUUAUUUCUUCUGUCAAGAAAAGUCACGGAAAUAAUGUUGUACCCCUGAAUCAAGCUACAACACAGUAUGAGAUCUGGAAAAAUGAAUAACGCUCCACAGAAGCAGAUUAGCCAUCAUCACUUUUAAGCAAAAACAGCCCUGAAGGGAAAGACAGAGAUCUAUUUUUAUCAUUUUUCAGAAAGAGGAAAACAAUAUCAAUGCAUUGCAUAUUUUUCUAUGUAUAAAAUGAGGUUUGAUUGGUUACAUUUGUAAAAUGAUUAAAGAGAGUUUUGAUCUGAUAUAUUAUGGAGAUACUGAUCGAGGCUGAUAUAUUUUUAAUUUAUUGACCGAAACUUUGCAGCAUUCUUUUGAAGGCCUUGUUUAAAAGUCACAUUUAGUGUUUUGUACGUAAUUGGACAAAAUGGUCAAAGUUGCAGUUGGACAGUCAAAGCAGAGAUGUCUAAUAUUUGAUAAAAAAAAAGAAACAUGUAGCAUAUAAAGUGGGAUUAACUACAGUAAGUCAAAAUAAGCACAUUGGUCUGUGUAAAUAUUUUUAAAUCAAAACACUGUAUGUCUUCAUAUUUACCGUAACUAAUGCUAUUUUAAGGGAAAAAAUGAGACUGCUUGAGCUAUGCAAAUCAAACAAAAUAAUACUUAAUGUGCUUGCUUUAGAAGUACCCUCAUGCAAUAAAGUGAAUGUAUUUAAAA